GCGCAUGCGCGGCGUGGCGCGGCGCGGCUGAGCUGUGGCGGCCCCGUGCCCAGUUCCUCAAUGGAAAAGAUGUUAAAAACUGCCCACGGCACUAUGGAAGCACUCAGACAAAAUAGUCAUCUGCUGACACCCCUGAGGAAUUGUUGGGCAAAGUGACAGAAAUGAAGAACUUCAACCAUCGCUUCAGUAUGGCAGCUGAAUCUGACAAAGACUCCGGAUAUUCAGAUGGAAGUUCCGAGUGUCCAAGUGCUAUGGAGCAGACGGACUCCGAGGAUGUGCUGAAUGCGCUCUGUUGGAAUGCAGAGGAUGGACCUUGGCAAUGCCCAAGGACCACAAGCAGCUCCUUUCCUGCGCUAUCUCCUAUGGUUGUUAUGAAAAAUGUGUUGGUUAAGCAGGGGAGUUCAUCACAGCUCCAGUCUUGGACUGUGCAGCCAUCCUUUGAAGUGAUUCCAGCUCAGCCACAGCUAGUGUUUCUUCGUCCAUCAAUCCCACCUCCCAUUAAUCCUCACCCUGAUGGGAAAAAGAGAAAUGACUCCACUAAUUAUCUGCCCAUCCUGAAUUCUUUUCCCAAAAUAGCACCACAGCCCUGCAAAAGAGAUCACUCCUUUGACCUAGAAGAAUGUCAGGAAGCCACUUGCCAUAAACGACUCUGCACAGAAGCACCCAAGAUGGAGACUUCUCCUGUACUAAUGAGCACAGGCUUGCCUACUAGUCCUUUUUCCCAUGUACCAGUUAGUUUUAAGACCCCUCAGGACUCUAACCAGCAAAGUUCUUCAGCUCUGGUGACGAGUGGAAAACUGUCAGCUCUUCCUGGUUUUCAUUGCGUUUCCAGUGACUCCCAGAAGGUGCCAGGUUUGACUCCCCUUUUGCCUUUUGGAACUCUGCAGGCAGCAAAGUGCACCCUUCAUGAGAGCGAGAGUGCAUCACAGACUACAAUGCCUUCUGCAGCGUGGAGCCCUCCAUUGAUACCAGAAGAGAUUUGCACUACCCCUGAGCUGCUCUUGCAACAGCAAAGCAAGUGCAGACGCUUUCAGAAUACACUUGUUGUGCUACGCAGGUCGGGAUUGCUGGAGAUCACUUUAAAAACCAAGGAGCUCAUUCAUCAGAACCAGGUGACACAGGCUGAGCUGGACCAGCUGAAGCACCAAACACAGCUUUUCAUAGAAGCAAUAAAGAACAAUGCUCCACAGUCAUGGGCAGAGCUAGAAGCAUCUCUAACAGGAUCCAAUAAGGCUGAAAGCAACCUUGAAGACCCCACUUAUCCCAACAUGUAGUAAAAAUGUGCUUAGCUGUUGAUCAAGUUAUUUCUGUGCCUCCUUUUUCCUGUCUCAAACUUCUACUUGAGCAUUUUUUGAGUCCAGAAUUUGCAGUUGUAUUGCCAUUAACAAUUUGUCUUUAGAGCCAGCUGUAGGACUGGAAUAGCAUGGUGGGUUCUAGACAGAAUGAGUACUUAGUACUGCAGUGUGACCUUGAACUUCAUGCUUACUUUGUGUAAUUCCUUGGACUGAAGAAGUUUAUAUGCACUCUGCUGGCAUGUUCCCAUUCUUGAAGUGAAGACAGUCAUUUGCAGUAUUCUGAAGCAUCUUCUUAUUCCCAUCUUCAGAUAGUUGUUUCUGAGAGUGCAGCAGCAGAACAGGCCCCACUGUUGGGCCAUCAUGACUUCCAAAUAGGUGAAGGGAGUUGGUGUGAGGUGAAAUAAGUCCUUUUCCCAUCCCCUUCUUUCUUUAUUUAGAGAAAAUCAGUUGAAUGUAGUGAGGAUGGGAGAUGUGUCAGCUUGGAUAAACUUGCUGAAAAUUUUAUCUGUAAGUUUGAACUUCAAAAAACAAACUCCAAAACAUUUUUUCCUUCAUAUAGAUUGAUAGCAUUCCUAGGCUGCUUGCCUUGAGAUACUGCUAACACCACAAUGUGCAUAAGAUACUGACCUUGCUAGCAGAGAGCCACAGUAGUCAUGUUACAAAAGCUAUUUUAGAGACAUUUAUUUCGUUGCAGUUACCUAGACACUUAACUACAUCACUCCCUGCAAUCUGAAGGGAUUUUUUUCCAGAGGUAGCUUGUGUAGAAAAUUGAAAACUGCUUUGUCUAAGAACAUUAAGGAAUAUGAAUGUGAUAUGUUCCUUUCUGUGUGACAAUGUUUUCAAAAACUCAUGCUAUCUAGGUAACUAGGUAUUUUGAUGCUUUGAUUCCUUCUAUCAUCUGUUUCAGAUUGUUAAAAAAAAGAAACUUGAGAGUAGAGUAGAUAUCUUGCUAAUUUGUGACUAGACCUUUACAUUUUCUGAUUCCUCUAGGAAUCAGUAUUGUGGAAGACUGUAGAGAAUACUUUUAUAGUCCUUCCUGAAAUAGGUGAAUUACAGAAAUUGGAAGGGACUUCUGUCUUGUAAGGGAUUUCAUCCAUUUAAACUGAUGAAAAGAAAUGCUUUACAUGUUUUAAGAAGUUGAGGCAUUUGACUCCUAUUUGUAUAACCACGGGCCUUUGGAGAAAUGUUGUGGCGGGGGUUGCUCUAGUGGAGCUGUAGCAAACUAGUAGCCAUGGGACCUUUCAUGGGAUCCUGUCUACCUGCUGAAGACUGGUGCAGUAUGUGGGAAUUGUUUAAAAGCGUUUGUAGACUCUGUUCUGGCAUUUAUUUUUUUUAAUAUACCUGACAUAGUUGUGAUACUACCGUGUCUCAUAACUCGCAGCCUGGCGAUAUCAGAACUCGGCCAGCAAACCCAGAAGGCAGCACAGUACAAUAUAAUAAUGUAGGACACAAUAUAGAGACAAUCUAUCAGUUGUGAUAUCUGCACCAGAUGAUAUUUGGCAGAAUAGAUGUGAUGAUACCUUAGUCCAUUUAUGAAAGAAGAUCUUGUUUUCAUUUGAACUUCUUACAAGGAGAGAAGGCAGUUCCAUUGAUAGAAUACAUGUAAUAGGCCUAGAGGUGUGAGGUAUGAGAAAGUGCAUAGGAUAUUUUUUCUACUUUUCCUAAAGUUCUUACUCUACCUAUUAAAUAGAGAGGAGAAUUUGAAAUUCGGACUAUGUAUUUUUAGGAGGUGAUUGCCCUAGAAAACAAGAUGAUGGGCUCGAGUACCUAGAGAUGAAAGGGAGGCAGAAAAAAUUAAAUCCAAUUGUAGCUGUUUGAGACAAGGAAAAAUGAGUCUACCAGUGACCUCCAUUCUAUUUCCACUGCUCUAAUAGAGUAUAAAGGAAUGAAAAACUUGCUUUGCAGGGCAGUAUCCUCUGACUGAGGGAGACUUAGCUGGUGGAAAUCUCUUGUAGCCCUUAGAGUACUGUACCUACUUUUUCCCUGACAGUAUGGAGGAUGGGCUGAAGUCGGUGUGCUUACAGCUAAUGGGCCUUUCAGCAGGUGUAAUUUGUAUAAAUAGAUGUUCAGUAAAUCUGUGAAUAAAGUCCAGCAGCUGGUUAGAAAUCUCCUACUGGGCAUCAGUCCAGACUUAAAUAGUAUUUACUGAGCUAGAAAAAUCCACUCUGGAACUCAUACUUAAACCUGGGGCUCCUUAGGAAGCAUAUCCCUAGAUAAUGGGAAACCUUAACUCAACAUCUAUUAAAAAAAAGGAUGUUGAAGGUCUCUGGUGAUGAAUAUGUCAUCAGGCACCAUUCUGUUCAGUUUUCUUGGCUGCCUUUAUUCCUGGGAACCCUGAUAAAGCUUUAAAACAGUAAGGGCUUUCCUUUCUUGGCUGCAAUGUAAUAAAAUAGGUUAGCUUGGAAAUGCAUUCAGAAAAUUAGUUGACUACAUCAGGACCAGGAUAAAUCCACAUUCUGGGUAGGAUCUGAAAGUGCUCCAGUAGAUUUGAAGAGAAAUGUUAGCCUCUGAAUGGAAGCUGUAAGCUAUGAGCUCACAGGGUUUUUUAAUCUUUGCAGCAGCAAGACUUGGUAUUAAGAAGUCAGCUGAAGACAGUUGUCUUGAUCUAAUCAGUCAGAUGGCCUUCUGCAGCUUCAGCUGUUGCUGACAACUUACAAGUAGCUUGAUGGGUCAGACAGACUGUUUUUUGUAUUAAGUUUUAAUAAAUGUUGGUAUUUUGAUUACUUUUACUAUGUCUUUUUGAAAUUCUACUGUUCCAGUUGGAAUGUAAAUAUUUUCUGUACUUUCAAAGUCCAUUGCUAGCUCCGAAUACAGUAGCCUAACACCUCUGUUAUACAUGACCUUUUUGCUAAAACUUUACAGAAAUUGACUGUGAAAUAUUAAUGAAAUAAAGUAUAUACUUGAAAAA